AUGAAAUUUAAAAAUGUACUUUAUAACAUUUUAUAUUUUUCUUCAUUCUUUACAUUAAUAUCUACUCAAAAUUAUAAUUUCCCAAUAUCUCUGCAUUACAAAGAUCAAACAAAACAAUAUGAUUUUUUCAAAUUUAAAAUAACAGAUUCUUUCCCACAUCUUUCAAACUCAAAUUCAAAACAAUUUAAAACUAUUUCAAAUAGGGGUACUUCUAUUUUACGUAAUAAUAAAAAUAAUAAUAAUAAUAAUAAUAUUAAUAAUAAGAUUAAUAAUAUUAAUAAAAAUAACGAACACAUGACCACAACAAUUCAAAAUAAAAUUUCUCAAACUCUUUCUAAUGAAAAACUAUCAACAAAAUCAACAAUAUCCUCAUCUUCAUCAGCAACUGCUAAUGUAAUACACAAUUUAAAAAUCGAAACAAUCUCAGAUUUCGAAAUUGAUGAAUCACAAUCAAUCGAUUAUAGAGAUUCUUCUUCUGCACAAGAUCUUAUUCCACAAAGACAAGUAACUUCUCUUGAUGAUUUAACUUUAUCAAACGUAGUCAUAGUCACAGAUGUAGAAGGAGGUGUGCAUGCUCUUAGAAGAGAUACUGGAGAAUUAUUAUGGUCAAAAUCUUCUUCAGAUUUCGGUACAAUCUUGGAAAUUUAUGAACCCAAGAGAGAAUCGACUCCUGAAUUAUUGGCUGUAGAACCACAUGGUGAUGGUCCCAUAUAUUCAUUUAAUGCAUUCCAAGGUUUAAGAAAAUUACCAGUCACAGUCAAAGACUUAGUAAAAUCAUCUCCAAUGAAUAUUAGAACAGAUGUAGUUGUUGAUAAAAAUGGAACUUUUAUAAAAGAUGAAAAAAUUUUUACUGGAACAAGAUCUACUUCAAUGUAUACAAUCGAUAUCUAUACUGGUGAAAUACUCUCUGAAUUUGGUACAGAUACUCAAAAUAAAUAUUAUAAAAAUUUUACCAAGGAUUCUAUGGCAUUAUCAAAAGGCACAAUUCUUUCGAUUGGUAGAACAAAUUAUAGAUUGGAUAUACAUUCUACUGAAGGUGUCAUUUAUAAUAUUUCUUAUUCACAAUGGCAAUCAAAUUAUUUAAACGUGGAUUUAAUAGAUCAAAAUAUAGAUUCAAAAGAUGAUCUUUUUAUAACUCCAUUUAAAGAUAAAUCAUUAUUAGCUGUAGAUUCUGAUUUAAAUAUUGCUAAAUGGGUCUCUCCCCAAUUCCCAGGUAUUAUUAAUUCGGUAUUUGAUGUUUAUACUGAUGAUUUUAUGGAUGAAAAUAUUAUACUUCAACAUCCGAUAUAUAAUCCAAAUAAUCUACCUGGUCCUGAAUUAUCCAAUUUAGUCUAUUUAGAUUCUACAGAAGAUGGCUCAUGGUUUUGCUUUUCUGGUAUACUUUAUCCAACUCUUGUUAAUGGUGCUGCUUUAUCAAAAUAUUCUUCUAGUGAUAAAUGGAGAGUAAAUUCAAUUUUGAAAAAUGAAGCUUUAUUUAAAACUGCAAUUACUGGUGUUCAUACUCUUUCUAGUUUUAAUGAUUAUAUGAAAGAUGGAAUGAAUCUUAAUAAUAGAAAUUUGGAUCCCACAAGUAUUGGUUAUAAGAAAAAGGAUUUAUCAAAUAACAAUAAUAACUAUGCUAAACCAACGGAAAAGGGUAUUGGAAGAUAUAUCUCAUUUAAAGAUUUAGAAUAUGAAAGACAAAAAAUGUUUGAACAAAUUUCUAAUGAAAAAUAUCAAAAAGGUAAAGAUACCUUUAUUAAUUUGAUUAAACGUCUAAGCUAUAGAUUAUUUGAAAAUGGUAUCUUAUUUAUCUUUGGUUUCAUAUUAAUCACUCUAUUACAAAGAUACAAAAUCUUCCCAUCAUUUGGUAAUAUUUUACAAUCUAUAUUUGGCGCUAAUAAUAUUAAUCAACUAAUAUUAAAUGAUAUUGAAAUAUCUGACAAUGAUAAACGUCAAUUAUCAAUUCGUGAACUUUCUAAUAAUAUUAAUACUACUACUACUACGAAUCAUACUAAUUAUAAUAAUAAUAAUACUAAUAAUAAUAGUAUAGAUGACAUUAACAUUUCUAUAAAUCGAACAAAUAAUAACACUUUAUCUUCUAUGAAAAAUAAUAUAUCAGAUGGUAAUCAAACUUCUCAGAAUUUAACUUUUACUGAUGGAAUGAAAAAUUUAGUAGUUUAUCAACGUGUAUUAGGUUAUGGUUCUUCUGGUACAGUGGUAUAUGAAGGUAAAUUCCAAGAUAGGCCAGUUGCUGUCAAAAGAAUGUUAUUAGAUUUUUGUGACUUAGCUUUACAAGAAAUAAAGUCAUUGACCGAAAGUGACGAUCAUCCCAACGUUAUUAGAUAUUAUUGUUCAGAAACUACUGAUAAAUUUGCAUAUAUAGCAGUUGAGUUAUGUGAUUUUAAUUUGGAGGAUUUGAUUGAACCAUCUAAAUCAAUUGAAAAAUUUCAACUUAUUAAGAAAAAUAUUGAUAUUAUUGAUCUAUUAUAUCAAAUAGCAGAUGGUUUGGCACAUUUACACUCUUUAAAUAUUAUUCAUAGAGAUAUUAAACCUCAAAAUAUAUUACUAUCCAAACAUAAAAAUUAUGUUAACGGUAUUGAAGAAGAUUUAGAUUCUUAUAGAAUUUUAAUUUCUGAUUUUGGAUUAUGUAAAAAAUUAGAAAGUGGCCAAAGCUCUUUUCAAAAUAGUACAACUGCUGCAGGAACUACUGGUUGGAGAGCUCCAGAAUUAUUAGUUAAAACUUCUGAAUGCAUUGCUGAGAGAAAUAAAAAUUCUAAGGUGAAAAGGAAAUUUUCUGAUACCAGCAAUAUAAUGGAACAAAUUAAAAAUAGAAGAUUAACAAAGGCAAUUGAUAUUUUUUCAAUGGGUUGUGUAUUUUAUUAUGUUCUAACCGAAGGGAGACAUCCUUUUGGAGAUAGAUACAUGAGAGAUGCAAACAUAAUAAAAUACAGAUGUACAUUGAAUGGUUUAAGAAGAACAAUGAAAGACGCUGCAUUAGCUAAUGAAGCCACUGAUUUAAUUUCUCAAAUGAUUGAUGAGAAUCCAUUGAAAAGACCAACAGCCAAAGUAAUAUUAAAUCAUCCAUUUUUAUGGUCUGCAAGCCGAAAAUUGCAAUUUCUAUUACAUGUAAGCGACCGUAUUGAAUUAGAGACCACUGCUAAUGGUAGUGAAUUAUUGAAUAAUAUUGAAAAAUUAUCUCCAUUGAUUAUUCCUGACAAUGAUUGGUCAAGUAGAUUUGAUAAAAACUUUUUGGAGAAUAUCCAAAGGUAUAGAUACUACGAUACUAAAAAACUACAACAUCUAUUAAGAGCAUUGCGUAAUAAGUUUCAUCACUACUCUGAUCUUCCUAAGAAUGUAUUAAAAUUAAUCGAACCAUUACCAGAAGGUUACUAUUAUUAUUUUAGUAAGAGAUUCCCUAAUUUACUAUUAAAAAUAUAUUAUUUUGCUAAAGAGUAUAUGAAAGAUGAGCCUUCUUUAGCUGGUUAUUUCAAUACAACUUGA